AUGUCUAUCCGGUCACUUCUCCUUUGCAGUUUCUUGCUCGCAGCUGCACUUCCCCAUUCUCAACUUUCGGCUCGGCAGGACACAGGAGAUCCCAGUUCCAGUGACCCAACUACCCCCCCAGCCAGCCUCACGAAGCUUCACAGACCAGACAAUCCUUUUCCUAAUGGAUGGCCCCAACUGCCGGUUCAAUGCACAGAUAGUGCCAAUCCUUCAGAAGAUUGUAAAGAAGCUUUACGAGCUAAUGACGGAGGCGUACGUGCCUUUGGCGGGACCCUACACCACGAUGGAACUUGCAAAGAUGGAAAGGAAGGCUUCCUGGAGACUGCGGCUUGGGAUGCCUACACCUUGGCGAUUGAGUCUACAAAUUUUCCUGCAAAUUCCCGAGCUCGUGGCGGGGCACAUUUCUACAUGGGCCCGGAUUAUGGAGCUCAGCAAUCUCGCAUUCACGAUAAUGUUGAAAGGGCAGCAAACUUCAGACUCCAAGGGGAAAAUGUCAUCACUGUCAGCUGUCAAGACACAAAAGACUGGUGUAAUGUGCAAAAGCAAGGAAAACAAGUUGGCGGAUAUGCCUGGACAUACAAUGGUUGGUUUGGUUACUACCACUACAUCACUAUGUGUCCUGUCUUCUUCACAACCUCGACAAUUGAUCAAAAGUUCAGCGAAAUGCAGGAGGCUCUCAGGGACAAUAACAUUGCUAAGAUGCAAGACGCGAGGAACUUCUUCACCAGUGGACACAUGUUCUUACACGAAAUGAUGCAUACUGAUCUUAUCGGCAAACCACAUAUCAACGAUGAGUACAUUGACCCUGGGCAGAUUGGCCCACAAGCAUAUGGGCCAAAAAGAGUUCAUCAGCUGGCGACACGAAGCAUAGAUAAUGGCGGAGGCGCUAGCAGAGCGUCUACUAAUGCUGAUAGCUAUGCAUGGCUUCUAAGCUCGCUCUACUGGUGGAGCACCACAGAAUAUUUCCCAGGUGUUCCAAACAAGCAAGGCCCAUCUGUGGCUGAAGAUACCGGUCCAAACAUCCUGCAUCUCGGCAAUUUCGACGAUUUCAAUGCCCUGUCAUCAGAUGAUGUUUUCAACAGGGCGCUCCAAGGGCUCACUAGUUCUGACGGAACGCCAACCGUGCCAGUGUCAACACCGGCCCCAAUUCCUAGCGAUGUCACAGUUGGUCAAGGUGCAGAUCUCAACUCUAACUUUCCGAAAUACUGGAUCAUGGCAGAUAACUCCAAGCCUGAUGUGAAGAAUAUUCUCUACCGAGCACGAGAUAAAGCAUGCCAAAAUGUUUGCGACGCAUCCACUCUCGAAGGCAUUCCGUCACAAUUCGUUCGUGCAAACCGAGUAGGAAAAGAUGGAUGUCAAUACGCCGUCAAGAUUGCGAACACCAAGGAAUUCUACUUUCACACUACUCAGGCGGGGCAAAAUUGCUACGACGCAACUGCAAAGAUCAUCGACACAACUGGUGGCAGUAAAGAUGCAGGCUGGGUCAACGGCCCUUCAUAUGGCGAGUUCUACCAAGUUGGAGUGCACGAUAUCAACACCAAAGGACCCGGAGAUACUUCCCACGAUGACUUUCCAGCCGACAACGAACACCUUGGCUAUAUGCAUCUCUCCUGCCGUAGAGCCGAUGCUCUUAUCGCAUGGAAUUAUCACUUUGAGUUCAAGCUCUCGAACUGGGACGAUGGUAACUGGGGCAAAUCCAUCAAGGCAGAAGCAGACAAGUGCGAUCGGGUUCUUGGUACUGAUAGCUGGAGAUACGAAGACGAUAGCUCGUACGCUUUUAAUGAUCAAAGUCCUUCGCAGAAGAAAGGAAGCUAUACCCUUAGCUUGGCGAUAAGUAAUAGGUGUGGUGAGAAGGCGAUUGAAAAAGUGCUUGGUUUGAAGGAUGGAACGGUGAAAUGUCCGAGAACAAACAGCUUUUCUGAGGUGGAUAUGUUUAACAGCUGA